AGUCAGCUUCAAUGCUAGAGUCUAGCCUACAACACCUAGCUGCGCUAACUUCCUUCACAAUUUGUUUCAGCGGAUUUCAACCGACACUUUUGCUAUUUGUGAACUGAAGCCAGUUCACAAAUUAAACAGACUACCGUUCAAGUGUAGUGUUUAGUGUAGUUUAGUGUACUACUUAUGUCUAAACUUUUUGUAAAACAUAACCGCUCCCUUUUUCUUUUUCCAUGACUUGUAGGAAAGCACACGCGGAAUAACUACAUUUCCCACAAUGCCGUGUUACUGACGCACGCAGCAGACGUUCAGGGGCAACCAUGACAGUCAGCAGAAUUGCAUGCUUGGAAUUCUAGCCAUCGACUUUUGCUAUGAGAGGACCUCUUCGUUGUCAAGACCACUGAAGAAGCACCAGAAACGACUUCCAGAGUGAACAGGCGCUUCAGAACGAAGCGGGGCGGACAUUUUUUUGGUUCAAAGUGAGUCAGCGGGCUGCUCGAGGCAGAUAUCUCCAGCGACAGGAACUAUAGCCCAGGGUUGCCAAACAACAAGCAUCAUUCACUGUCAGCCAGAGGCAGCAGCUGGAGCUCAGACAGGCGGUCCGACCCUGCGUCUGUGGAGGCUGUAAAUCCCUGUCUCAGCCUUAAAGUACCUUUCCAGACAUCAUACUGGGGUAAAGUAAAUGAAUGGAAUGUUUUUCUCUCCUCUCGUUAGAGAUAUUUUGCUUUUGCGCUCAAAUCGUGAAGUUAUAGCUCUGCUAAGUUACAUUUUGAGCUAACUAGACGUUAUUUUGGCAUUAAAACAGCUCUAGCUGAGCUGUUGACUUGUACAGACUAUUUUAAAAUAUAUUAAGUGUUUAAAAGUCUUGGGAAAGGACUCUGUCUCUUUACUUGUAAUGCAGUAUAUGCCCAGAUUUUCUAUUGCCUGUUUCAUAUUUUCUGUUUAGCUCCUGUAAAGAAGAAAUUUUGCGCAUGCGUUUUUAUAGUCAAGUUAUAAAGUUGAAGAUGAGCAUUCAAAGUUUGCUCAUAAUUUGUAUCCUGUUUACUAAGUUUCCUCGUAUUUGUGGCUUUUUAUGUCAACGUGUAACCCCAAUCCACCCUGCACAGUUCAACUAGUUCACAUGUUUGCCUGCUUGUCAGUUUGUGGUUUGCCUUGUUUUAAUAGUUGCGGUCUGAAAGUCCUUGUCACCUAUCAUGCACAGUCGAAAAUCCUGCUUGUCCACUUUGACAUAUCACUUUAUGUCCUACAGAUCAGAUGAUUCAGUUCAUUGCCAAGCCUGCAAGCUGUUGAGUCCCAGGUAGCAGCUGCUUUUGGUCAAUAUUUAACUUAAAGAUUAGCUAUUUUGACCACUACUGUGAGCCUUAUCACUGUUAAUCAUCCCAUUAAAGACACUAUAGUUGAGCUGUUCCCCGUGCAAGUGGAACAUUCAUUGUCUGCAGCUGUGCCAUAAAAUGGUGUGCCUUACCUCAAAACAAUGAUCAGGUCAGGUGAAUAAUAGCCUGACAUGACAGCAAAGACAGGGAGUGUCUGCACACUAAAUCCUUUAGGUUGUCAACAAGUGUCAGAGCAGAGAUAAACCAAGAUUGAUAUGAUCUGUUGACAUAAGCAAAGCACAGAUAAUCCUCUUGCAGGUUUAUUUGUUUUUGUGAUCUUACUGUGAGUUAAUCUUAAACAUGGGAAAAUGUGAGGUUCAACAGCACAAGGUUCCCGAGAGUUUCUCUGUUUGAUUUAUUUCGCACACUUGAACUAUGAUGCUUAAAAUUUUAAGCUUCUUAACCAGACUAUAAUCCAAAAGUUUUAAUCUCUAUAUUUAUUGGUAGCAUUUCCAAAUUACAGCACGGUCACAUAUUUGUGAACCACAAUCGACUGAUUACUGCUGUUAGUUCCAGCGUUACUUUACACCUUUCCUGUUGAGUUCUUGCAUGCUGAUGCACAGUACUGCAGCAGGUCGCUCAAAGGACAUGUGUGUAUGUGUGUACCCAGACAGAGAUAGCGAUAGAGACAGGAAAGCAUCACUAAACGGAUUCUGUUACCAUUCUUUUCAUAAUUUAUUUUCUCUGUCAGUGCCCCCUCUCUGACCUCAGCAGGAAGUGACACCCCACACACCCAAGGGAGAUCGCAGAGAAUCAACUUGGUGACAAAAUUCUGGAAACUGAGCAACAAUUACCCAAUUUCCCCCUGCAUGUGCAGAGUGCACCUACUAUUUGUCAGUCAAAUAAUCCCUUUGGAGCCUGAAUAAGAGAACAAUAUGAAUAUCUUUUGUGCCUGUGCUUCUUCCCACUCUCUGGAGCUGCAGAGUGGGUCCCAUGAAAUCUAAACUGGUAAUCAUCAGGUUUCUUGGCAUAAAAACAUUUGAGGUUUUUGUGCAGCUGUAGCAAAACCCUUUUCUGAAUAGUUGCUAAAUAGUCCAGGCAGCCACUUUGAUGUAGCCACCACAGCAUCUUGUCAGUUAUAAUGAGAUGGAUUUUGUUCUUCGUCCAGCAUUUCUGUCGGUGUGUUUUGUGUGUAGUGGAAAAUCUUUGAGCAUUUAUCUACUCAGAAAUCCCCUCUGUCAGAGUGAAUAAAAACCACAACACUCAUAAUGGGUCUGAGUCUAAAAUGAAUUAACAAAGAAUGACUGCAGAAUCUCCUCUCAGGUAGUUUUUGGUUGACAGUAGAAAGAGCGUUUGUCUUGCAAUUGUAGUGGAAUUUCAACACUGCAUAAAAGAUCUGCCAAAUUGAUCUCUGAAUGCUGACAAUGUGAGAAAUCUCCUCGUGAUUUUGUUUUUGUAAAUUUAAUCAUCUCCAUCUUUCUUUUUGUCCUUUUCCAACAGUCAAUAAUGUCUCCAGAUUGCCUUCCUGAACAUCAAGUCUGUGACGGUGAUUUGGACUUAGAUUUUAAGACACCAAGGCACCUUCCCGAGAGCCUCUGACUGCCGGUAUCUGUGAUUGUCAGCUUCCUUUUGCUUCUACUUCCUGGACUCUGCUGUUGCUCAACAUUUUCUCAGUGCCUUGUAGGAGCAGCAGGAUGCCGUAGUGGCUAGAGAAACUUUCUGGGCUGUGAGGGUUUUGUGCGAGCACAUGUCCUGCUGGAGAUAACUCAAGUGAAUCCACUGCGAACAAGGAAUGCUUUGUAGUGGACUUAACCUCUGACCUCUCUCUGGAUACAGACAGCAGAAAAGGGAAUUUCCUUGGAGUAAACAACUCUAUUUUUUGGUUAAUCCACAUUCAGGAAAAGACCAUCAGCACCCCUCUCUCUUUGCCAGUCCUUGUACCAUGCUGGCUGCACUCCUACGGAGGAACAUGUCACAGAAAUUGAGUGUGUUGCUGCUGGUAUUCGGCCUGGCAUGGGGACUUAUGCUGCUACGCUACACGGUGCAGCAGCCUCGCCAUCAGAGCAGCGCUGAGCUUCGGGAGCAGAUCCUGGAGCUCAGCCGGCGAUAUGUCAAGGUCCUAACAGAGGAGAACCAGAACUUACCGGGUGGGCCGCAGGGAACAUCAAUGGCUGGAUAUGGUAAGGAUUCAAAUAGAAGUAGUGAUUCCUUUAUGUGCUUAUUUCUGUUUGUUACAUGCUCAUUAACCUUAUAAGUAAUUUGAGAUUUUUCCCAUCCUUGUGUCACUCUUGUCUCCAGCUGAUCUGAAGCGGACUAUAGCUGUUUUACUGGACGAUAUUCUGACACGUCUGGUCAAACUAGAGGGAAAAAUUGAACUUGUGGUCAACGCCUCCUCCACUAACACCUCCCACGCACCAGGGGGUGUCCUUGCUUCCGUUCCCGCUGCCCUGCAGAAAGCCUCAAAGCACGAAAGCCCCGGUAGCCACCCUGGGUACUCCCGCCUUCACCCGCACAUCCCCCAUAGGCCUCGUCAGCACCAAGGAGUAUAGUCUUGGUCGAAUCAUUUCUUUUGUUCAGCACAUCACAUUUUCCAGCAUCUAUCCCUGAUGUAAUCACAUCAGACAAUUAAAAGGCAAUAUUAAGAUGUAUGGACAUCAAUAAACUUGGUGUGGGCGCUUCUAUGAAAUGUUCUGCAGACUCAGAGGGAAGAAAAAGGACCUCAUAAUGCUCUGUCCGAUAAGAAGCUGAUGUCUAUUUAUUUUUUAUCAAGAAUAGCAGAUUUUUAUAUAUAUAUUUGCUUUGUUUAUUUUAUUUGGCUUGACUUUCAGCAUUUUUUUACAACACCAUAUUUAAAUCUUAAGGCAAAAGAAAAUGGGUUCAAACACUCUCUACUGGUUCUCAUGCUUUAUUGUACAAUAGCUUAAAACUCUAAUCAACAUUGUAGACUAUAUUCCAGUUCUUCUUCAACAUAUCAAAUGCUGACAGAAACAUUAUACUCAAAGUAGAUAGGAGUAGACAAAUAUCUGUUUUAGCUGGAGCAGUUUCUCAAUACUAUAAGAUUUAUUCACAUGUACAGUAGUGUGAAGUUCUCUCUGACAGAGCGGUAACCCAAAGAAUGUUAUUUGCACUUCAUUUGAAGGAAGUCAAAACCAUGUAUCUAUCUUUUACUGCAAGACUGUUUGAGGUUUAUCCAGAAUUUGAUGGGUCAAUGCUAUUUUACCACUAAAAAAAAGGAGCGAUGAGGGCUUUGCUUGAGUUAAAAUCCAACGUGUCCGCUGCCAGCUGUCUAGAGAAGUUUAAUUUAGAUUAGGAACAGAUUGAAUGUACUGGGUAGUCGGUCUUUAGCCCUGUAAUGCUGUCAAGUAGUCUGACCUACUGCUUUCACAUGUUCAGGGUUCAUGUUGCACUGUGACUGUAGAGAUUUUCUAAAAAUACUGGACUCAUUCAUCCUUGCCUUUAAGGAUAUUUGAAGAGUAUGGACUUGGAGCUCUUGGAUAUCUUCUCUAUCAGCCCUCGGUCUUCAGUGUGGUUCCUGUGUUACUGAAGUGAAUGUAUGAAAAAUUAAUGUGGGCGGUGAACUAAAAAAUAAGGAAAAUGUGACUUCAUAAUGUAGUUAACGCAUUACAGUGUGAAUGUGAUGCCUUUAGACUUAACUAUCACACUGUGGGUUGACUGUGCCAAUUCUGAGUGAUUUCAUCAGUGUGCUGUGCUUCAUAAGGUCAAAGAUAAGCUGGUCAGCUGUUGUUGGACACAUCUAAUAAAUAAAUCACAAGACCCGUUAUUCUCCCUC